UAAUCGCAAGGGGCCUCUCUCUCUCUCUCUCUCUCUCUCCGCCCCUCUUUCCUGCCUAUAUGAUCAUGACAGAUUUGAAUUUUCCAUUUUAUGCUGUCGUGGGCUAUGGGUUUAAGGGCAGUUCAAUAAAGUCAUGGCGUCAGCUCCGAAUAAUGCAGACAACACCACAACUGUCAUUGCCCUCCUCUUCUUAUGGAUCAUACUUGUUCUGGCCCUAGUAUACUUUUAUAAAAAGCUUAAUGCGGACACAAAUGGACAGUACACCAUCCAGCGCAUAGUCUUCGCCCCUGGCGGCCUGCGGGAUCGAUUGAGACAAGGAGUCGGGGUUGUGGAAAACAGACUUGGCGUCCACAUUUGGCCUCAACCGCGUGAUGAUGAGGAGAACAUAGGAAAUAAUGAGGAAGAGGACGAGGAGGGUGAAGGUCACGACCAACAGAAUGACAGUUACACAGAGGAGGGUGAGCAACAGGAAAAUGACGACGACAGAGACGAUUCUUCAGACGACUAUUCCAGUGUUGAUCUGAGGGAGAGGGCAAAGAUGCAGAUGAAGAAAGAAGAGAAGGAGAAACAAAAGGAGGAGGAGAAGGAGGAGGCAGCAGCGGGAGAGGAGAAGAAAAGUGAAGAAGUAAAAAAUGAGGAGAAAGUAGAGUUGCUUGUAGAUCUGAAGCCGUUCACAGGUAGUGCAAUUUGGUCGGGGGAGAACAAGGAUGGAAAUGAUGAAAAUGACUUGACUGCUUUAUGAAAAGCACAGAGACAUUGCUUUUGAAUUUAAUACGCAGGAAAUAAGGUGGCUUGGCCCGGUGGGUGGCACAGUUUUUUUUAUUAUGAGUCAGUUGACACCCUGUAAAGCCUGCCCUGAGCUAUGAAAUAAUAGUAAGAAAAAUGUGCAGUUUUUUUUUAGACCUUUAGACAUUUAAAACAAAAUUAAAAAGGUUUUUAUAUGUGUAUUUUGCUGUGAGUAUUAUAUUUAAUACAUCAGACAUUUAUAGCUGAUAUUUAUAUGGAAGAAAGUACAGCUUGUAAUGCAAAUCAAUGACAUUUUUAUAACCGUAUAUAAGACUACUUACAUAACAUGGUUAUGGAUAUCAGUUGUUAUGCUAAAUUUUCCAAUAGUAUGUCAUAGUAAAUGCAUUUAAAUGCUUAGUUUUAUGAUAGUUUUGUAUUUUGGGAGGCAAAACAUAUAAAGUAAUGCAAUAUAAUAAUGAUUCCUCAAAAGCUUGUUGCAUCAUAUUUGAUAUUUGAUGUAAAAAAACAAAAAAAAAAACAAAAACAAAAAUAAGAUAUAUGGAUAAACAAGUAAACAUCUAAGUGUUCAUCUUGAAAUAUUACUAUUCUUACGUUUACUUUAUAAAAAUCAGUAAAGAUUUCACAGUAAAUAGACUUGUUAAGAGGGUGUAUUUAAAAUAAAGAACUUUUACUUGCUAAAAACUAUAUAAAAACUAUAAACUUUUAAUCAGAAGGCAUAUAUAUUUAUAUAUAUAUAACAAUACAUUUGUAUGGGUCAAAAAGAUCACAUUUUCUUUUAUGCCAAAAGGAUAGUAAGUAAAGAUCAUUCCUACUGUAAAUAUAUCAAAACUUAUUUCAAAACUUGCAUUGCUAAGAACUUCAUUUGGACAACUUUAAAGGCGAUUUUCUUAAUAUUUAAUUUUUUUUUUGCACACUCACAUUUCCAAAUAGUUAUAUCUUGACCAAAAAUUGUGCUAUCCUAACAAACCAAACCGCACAUCAAUGGAAAGCUUAUUUAUUCAGCGUUCAGAUGAUGUAUAAAUCUCAAUUUCAUAAAAUUGACCCUUCUGACUGGAUUUGUAGUCCAGGGUCUCAUAUCAGCUUAAUUUUGUUCAAGCUCAUAAUUUAGAUUGUGUAUCAAAAUAUGAAACAGUAGGCUUUAUAGGGUUAACUUUAAAAGCCAGUAAAACCGUUCCACACCAUUUUCUAUAAGUUGUUAGUGUUAUCCACUUCCUGUUGUUUUCUUUUUUUUGCAAAUGCUGACUGUUUGAAAAUAUAUUGUGAAACUUGUUAACUUUUGGUGAGAUGUAAAUAUUUUUCCAUUAAAAUAUGUUUUAAUGUCGAUAAA